AUGAUGGCCGACGAAGAGCUCGGCGAUGAGGUGAAGGUGUUUCGCCGAGAUGAAGACGCUGACGAUGAUCCUAUGAUCAGUGGAGAAACGUCAGAGCAACAGCUUGCAGAUGACAAAAAAGAUGCAGUGAUGGAAGCAGAAUUGGACGGUGCUGGGCGAGUUCCGUUGAUUGGUGGCUUGAAAGCGGAAAUUAAAGCGGAACCGUCUCCCUCGUUCCCGAUGCCCAGCAUGCUGCCUUGUGGUCCGUACAGUCCGUUUUCUGGAUUGCCGAUAAUGUUUCCUAUGGUUGUGCCACAGUACUUAUCGCCGAAUCCAAAUAUCAACAUGAUGAAUAUGAUGACGAUGCGAGCAGCUAUGGCAGGCGCCCCAUUGAGUCCUGCGUUUCCAGCCAUGUUCUCGCCGAAUCCAUUGUUCCCCUUCCCUGGAGUUGUAGCUAAGCAACAUCUUGAGAAUACGAUGCCUAUGCAUAUGCGAGCUGGACCAUUAUCCUCAUUGAAUCACAUGAAAAUGCCUCCAUACAUGCCUCACCAAAUGAUGCCACAACACAAUGAGCGAAGAGGACAUGGAGGAGGCAAAGUUAAGAAAGAGGAUCACAUCAAAAAGCCACUGAACGCUUUCAUGUGGUAUAUGAAAGAGAACAGGCCAAAGUUGCUGGAGGAAGUUGGAAAUGAUCAGAAGCAGAGUGCAGAGCUGAACAAAGAACUUGGAAAGAGGUGGCAUGAUUUGCCGAAAGAAGAACAACAGAAGUACUUUGAAAUGGCUAAAAAGGAUCGGGAAUCACACAAGGAAAAGUAUCCACAGUGGUCGGCUCGGGAAAACUACGCCGUCAACAAGAAAAAGCCAAAGAGAAAGAGAGAUAAGAGCGUUGUUUCAGGAUCUGAGAAUAACGAUCAGAAGAAAUGUCGAGCUCGGUUUGGAGUGACGAAUACAUCAAUGUGGUGCAAGCCGUGCCAGCGAAAGAAGAAGUGCAUAUAUGCCACAGAUCGUUCCGGUUCCGAAUUGAAUGACGGACAUGACGGCAGAGGUACAAGUGGCGGAUGCAGUAGUAGCUCAGAGUCUUCAUCUCCGAACAAUAAUCAACCGAUGCCAAUGAACGCUCCACAAACGGUAGCUGCGAUGCAUGCGAUGCUAAUGGGAAUGCAAAUUGGUCAGUCUGCUCAUCUUGCAUCGUCCCAUUCAACGGGAUCUUCUGGAACAAGUCCACCGGUCGCGAAUCCCUCAGAUUCUGAAUCGGACGUUGAUGAAGACGAGGAUAUCGAUCCAACGAUCACGCAGCAGACGCAAGAAUACAUUAUGCAGGAAUCUGUUUGUACUCUUUAA